AUGAAGGAACAAAAAUGGAUUCAUGAAGGUUUGAUUACCGAAUCACUUCCUAAUGGUAUGUUCUGGGUUCGUUUAGAUAAUGAAGAUCUUAUUCUCGGUUAUGUUUCAGGAAGGAUACGACGUAGUUCUAUACGAAUCCUACCAGGAGAUAGAGUUAAAAUUGAAAUAAGCCGUUAUGAUUCAACUAAAGGUCGUAUAAUUUAUAGACUCCGCAACAAGGAUUCGAACGAUUAG